AUGAACGCUCAAACGCUUAAAGAGAGCGACAUGAACGAGAUGAUUUUGGGCCUCAUGAAGAACAAGAAGAGGGGCACUGUGGCGAGAAAAAAGAAAACGAAGAGAAAACCCCCAAAGGGUAGCUUAACCAAAGAGGAAAUAAAGAGCAAUGCCGAAACAGCCUUCAAACGACAAGAGCAAAUGUACAGGGACGAGGAGGCGCACACGCUGCAGUACAUAAGAGGCGAGGUUGCGAGCAAAGAGAAGGAGCUAAACGACUACUACGUAUACUGCCAAAGAUUUAAAAAUGAAUACAAGACGAAUUUCAACGAGGCCCUCAAACAGUCGGAGGAAAUGCGAAAAGAACUUUCGAACCUCCGUACUGAGUACCUGGAUCUCAAGUUACUCCUUGAGGACCAAAGAAAAAUGGAGCUCAACGGCAUGUUUAAUUUUUACAAAAAAAAACUCCUGGAUAUCAAAGCACACUGUAUCAGCCAGACGUUCUGCGACGAAAAUUUGAAAAAUAUCGUCCACGAAAUUUUGAGGGUUAUCCAUUAG